AUGCAGGCCCAAGUACAAGCACAAGCACAAGCACAAGCACAAGCACAAGCACAGCAAAUAGGUUUAGGUGAAGGAGUUACAGCAACAUGGGUUGAUCCACCAAAUAGUUCUGGUAUGGUUAAUCAGUGUCAACCUCAAUAUACUUCUGGAUAUUACCGUUUAGAAGUAGAUCAAGCACCAUUAAUAACAGUACCAGUUGUACAAGAGAUCCAAAGAAGAGAUAAAAUUAUUGAAGUACCACAAACUAUCAUAAAAGAUAAAAUUUUACCAAAAAUAUAUCAUCAAGAAGUUAUACAUGAAGUGCCAAAAUUAGAAGUUGAAGUACUUGAAAAAGAAGUUGAAGUACCUAAUGUAACUGUUGUUGAAAAAGUUGUAGAUCUGGAACAUAUUGUGGGUUUUAACCCAAAAUAUAUUCCUACAUGGGAAGUUCGUGAAGUUCCUAAAUUAGUACCAAAAUUUGUUGGAGAACAAAAAGUCUUGUAUAUUGAAAUUUCACAAAUACAGUAUAUUGAUAAAGUUACUGAAAAAGAAGUUGUUGUUGAUGUUGUUGAUAAAGUUGUACCAAAAGUUGUUGAAAUAGAGGAACCAAUUGAAGUUAUCCGAUAUAAAUGGAAGGAAAUAUAUGAUGAUAUUCCAGUUAUUAAGUAUGUACCUAAAUUUGAUGUUGAAGUUGUAUGUCCAGCACCAGUUAUUGUACCUUAUGUACAACCAGAAAUCAAAGAUUUACCACCAGUUAAAGUUACAGUUGGUCCAGAUGGUAGAGAAAUUAAUAUGGGAAAACAAGAUUUAUUGCAAUGUUCACCACCCUUUUCAAGUUCUCAAAUACAGCCUCAGGCUAUUCAAUCUCCAUUCCCAUUACCUGAAGGUAGUCAACCAAUAGAGCAGAAACUACCACAAUUUAUGAAAGGUAAUAUUCCAGUUAAUGUAAGGAUGAUGCCACCUCAUCAAAAUAACUAG